CACACUUGGAGAGAAGUAAAGGACAUAUUGACUUGAACAAGAUAAAAUAAUUGAGGCCCGUAUUUCUUUUGUCAAAGCUCGUCGUCGUUAUUGACCCGAAGCUCCACCUUUCCUUUCUGCAAGCUCAAGAACACGGCUGCAAUUUCUAAAAAGAACACGUCCUGAAGCCCUGGUUUUGUGCGUGAGCUCGCGAAUACAGCUUCCAUGGAGGAGCAAGGUAAAAGUGGCGAAGUAAUUCAAGGUUGGUUUUCAAAGGUUAGGCUUGGACGCCUCAAGGUUUCGUGACGACGACGACUACCUUCAUAUUCUUCUUCUUCCUCGUUGUUGUUGCAGCCCUGUUUUGGAUGGAUUUUCCAAUCAUACGGGGGAAUCCAUUUAGUUCUACUACUUCUGAAAUUCCUCACGAGAGGAUUCCAUUUCCUCUCACCUGCUCCGGUUCUGUUAACCACACGUCGGGGUUUAGUCCCAAAGAAUCACCGGCCAAAACUUGCCCGGACUACUUCCGGUGGAUCCACCAAGAUUUAAAGCCGUGGAAAGCUUCGGGAAUUACAAAAGACAUGAUCGAGAGGGGAAUACCGAGCGCCGAUUUCCGGCUCGUGAUUGCCGACGGAACGGCUUAUGUCGAUCGAUACCGACCGUCGUAUCAAACCAGAGAUUUGUUCACGUUAUGGGGCAUUCUGCAGCUUCUAAGGUUAUACCCCGGAAAAGUACCGGACUUGGACCUUCUAUUCUUUUGUGGAGACAAUACUGUGAUCAUGAAAAGAGACUACAAAGGACUGUUUGCUAAACCAUCGCCGCCGCCGCCUGUGUUUCAUUAUUGUGGAGAGAAGGCGGCGCUGGACAUUAUAUUCCCUGACUGGACCUUCUGGGGAUGGGUAGAGGUUAAUAUAAAGCCAUGGGAGGAGAUCUUGAAGGCAAUAAAGGUAGGGAGGGAGAAGGUCAAGUGGGAGAAGAGGGAGCCUUUUGCCUUCUGGAAGGGUGCAAUUACUUCUAGAGAUAGGUCUCAUCUUAUGAGGUGCAACCUUUCACGUAAACAUGACUGGAAUGUUCGGCUUUAUUUGCAGGAUUGGGGUAAAGAAAUCGGAGAAGGAUUCAAACAUUCUAAUUUGGAAGAUCAAUGUACCCAUAGGUAUAAAAUUUACGCAGAAGGAGUGACAUGGUCUGUAAGUGAGAAAUACAUAAUGGCGUGCGAUAGUAUGACCUUGAUGAUAAAGCCUAAAUACUACGAUUUCUUCUCGAGAAGCCUCGUGCCGAUGACGCAUUUCUGGCCGAUCCGCCGCAGGAAGAAAUGCAAGCAUCUUAAGUUUGCAGUUGAUUGGGGCAAUAAUCACACUCAUGAGGCGCAGGCCAUAGGGAAAGCAGGAAGCAAAUUCAUGGAAGAGAUGGUGGCAAUGCGAAAUGUGUAUGAUUACAUGUUUCAUUUGUUGAACGAAUACUCGAAACUCUUGAAAUUUAAGCCGACGAUACCUCCGAACGCCCAACGGCUCUGUGCCGAAACCACCUCACAAGGCCUAGUUAAAGAGUUUAUGUUGCAGUCGAUGAAGUCUCCUAGUGAUGAGCUUCCAUGUGGAUUGCCUCCCCCAUUUGGAGAUCGAGACAUUCGAGCUUCUCUCGAAGCAGAGAAGAAUAUAGCUAGGCAAGUGGAGACUUGGGAGACUGAAUAUUGGAACAAAAAAACUAGACGAUAAGAAGCAAAUGAUUACGAGGUGACGGCCAAGCUCACUCUCAAUCUCAACUACAGCAAGAGCUUUCCAUUCUUCGGGUUUCUCCUCUGCUUACGGUGGUGAAUGGUGAUACAGUUUUUUCUUCAGAUUCAGUUUUUGGAUCCUCCACUGUAGGCGGUGGUGCCGCCGUCGUUUCAUCUUCAGCCUGCUUCUUCGUGCUCUCACCAUGAUUUAUCGGUGUUUGUGUAGAAGAAUCGAAACGAAACGAAAAUUCCGUAAGGAAUUUUAUUCUUCGAAUGAUAAUUUACAUUAAGCAAUGUUUCCGCAAAUCAAAUUAUCUGACCAGUUAUAGAUGUAAAAUUAUUUCAUAUAUAAAUUUUUACUCCAAAAA